UUGUGGAUGUAAAAGAAGCAAAACUGUUUUCCGUUAUAGUGGACGAAACCUCCGACAUCACUCAACGAGAACAAAUGAGCAUUUGUGUCAGGUACGUCAACGAAAAUCUAAAGACCAUCGAGGACUUCAUGGGCUUUUAUUAAAUGGAGACGACCUCUGCCGAGACACUGUCCUGCGCCCUGAACGAUGCCCUUCUCCGGAUGGGCUUGUCCUGGUCCGACUGUCGAGGGCAAUGUUACGACGGGGCCGCGAACAUGUCCGGGUGCAGGUCUGGAGUGCAGGCCCGGGUUAGGGCUCUCCAAGAGGAGGCGAUGUACGUACAUUGCAAUGCGCACACUUUAAACCUCGCCUUUCAAGGCGCAGUGGCUGAGUCUAGCGCAUGUAGAGAUGCCAUGAACACAGUUAAAGAUCUGAAAAAUUCGAUACGAGAGUCACCGAAGCGACAGGCAUGGUUUGAUGCCUUCCGAAAGCCUACCGGCGGCAACAACUUGCGCCCUCUCUGCCCCACUCGCUGGACGAUGCGCGUCAACAGCGUAAUAUCUGUGCUGUCCAAUUACACCUGUUUAGCGAGCUACUUGUCCGAUGUUGCAGACAAGUCACGCGGUGACAUUCGGGACAAAAGUAGUGGUUUUCUGAAUCAGCUUGGGAAGUUCUCGUUCUAUUUCACCCUGUGGGUGUUAAAGGACGUCAUGCAUCCGAUGGAGCAAGUGAAUUCUGAUAUUCAGUCCCCACAGCUGUCACUGGCUGAUGUCAAGGCAAACAUCGACGUCCUAACGAACAGUUUGCUGUCAAAGCGAAAUGAAGGCUACUUCAGUUCGUUCUAUGAAGGAGUCGUCAAGAGCGCUCUGGAGAGCACAGUUGUUGGCGAACCCAAAAUUCCCAAGGCGCGUACCGUUCCACGCAGAUUACAGGAUGGAGGGAACAGCACAGGCGUGCGCACUUACUCGGAUCCAAAGGCAUACUUUCAGAGUUUGUAUUUCCAGGUCCUUGACAGCUACACUGCCUGUCUGAACAACAGGUUCUCGGAGGCUUUCAAACGUGCCCAGCUCACAGAGGAUGCGCUACUGGCAAAAAUAACCGGAGAUACAGGGACUUUGGACUGGGACAGCACGGCCCUCUCCAAAGACGUGGAUGUGGGGCGUUUGGAAGUACAGCUUGAAAUGCUUGGUGACACAUGCAGAGCGCGCCGUCUCACUAUUCGCUCCAUGCACGACCUGAAGGAGUUUUUCGUAUCCGAUGUGGGUUUGAAAGGGCUGUUUACGGAGGUGGUCAAAGCCAUCCAGGUGUUCUACACAUUGCCAGUCACUACAUGCACAGCAGAGAGGUCCUUUAGUGCUUUACGUAGGCUUAAGACCUACCUGCGGAGCACCAUGACCGCUCCGAGGCUGAAUCAUUUGGCUGUUCUGUACACACACAAGGAGCAUACAGACCAGAUUGAUUUGAAAAAAAUUGCCAAUGAAUUUAUCGGCGCUAAUGGCAGAAGGGGCGAGGUUUUUGCGAAGUUUUAGGAGUGGUGGCUUAUCCUAUUAAGUGCGAGAUGGUUUUGUUCCCGAUCAUUUCGAUUUAGGCUACCUGUUAAUUUACGUGGCCAUGAAAGAGAUGUAGGUUAUUGCCCAAGUUUACAA